AUACUGCUGUGUCUCAUAUGCCAUUGCACAUUGUAUGUCUUCAUGCAGCCCAUAUCACAUAUUUUGUAUUCCAAGGGUCAACGGGAGCUAUUGCUGUAUUGAGGGGUAGUGAGGGGAAAAUAGGUGACAAUCCCUGUCCUGCAUAUAUAACUAAUAUGCUUUCUACUCAUAUGUGGGUUAGUUUGGAAACCAGCCAUUACAGAUAAUUGUGCGUGAAACAGUUGUGUUGUAUUCUUAGAACCCAUAAUAGUUUAUUCACAUAAAAUAUGGGCAAAAUCUAAAUGUUAAGCUCAUGUAAAUCAAAUUGAUACCAUAUUCUUUCAGUUCUCUUGCCAGCUGAAAUUGGCUCUGCAACCUCAGACCCAGGUCUGAUUAUAACUGGAGAGUCUUGGAUCAUAGAUCCUAUUAUCUUGUGGGGUAAUGCUGCCACCAGCCUGUUUAAAGGUGGUAUAUCACUCUGGGCUACCCAAAAGCACAAUUCAGAACAAGUAAUGAAAUAGAAGUAGAUUAGGCAAAGAACAGAGAAAACAUUGGCUCACUAAACUAGAGACUAAAGACUAAAGCAGAUUUGUUGAGAAACAUCAACAAAUCUUUACAUGACAAGUUAAAAAGGAUUUUCCUUUCUCUUACUCCUGGAGCAUUCAGGUUCAUAUGAAAAGUGUUGUCGAAGGCUUUCAUGGCCGGGAUCACAGGGUUGUUGUAUGGUACCUCACAACCUCUGAGGAUGCCUGCCAUAAAUGUGGGUGAAACGUCAGGAGAGAAUACUUCUGGAACGUGGUCAUACAGCCCGGAAAACAUACAGCAACCCUCAUAUGAAAAGCCUUGUUCUUAAAGCCUCAACACUGUGCAAAGGCUGGCAAUCAUCCAUCCAUUACUUUAUUGCAAACAACAAACCAUUGGAGCAACAUGUUGAAUACAUUUUAUAACAGUGCCAGUGAGCAUUCAGAUCAGCAGUAUACAUUACAGUAAAAUCAAAUAAGUAAUUACGAAAAUACAACAUUAAAUAAAGUAGUAUCACAUAGACAAGGGUGAUCUGGUCAUCAGUAUACCUAGCUCUGUCUCUCCUUCACAACUGAUGCCAAUGAGAAUGUGGUAGGACUGAAUCAUUGCCUGAAUACAGUAAAGCCCUGGAUGUCAGUGAAUAGCCUAACGUUGGCAAGUCAGAACUGCUGCUGGUCAGUAGGAAAACCAGCCUGGAUUGGGAGAUCCUGUCCUGGAUGAAAUUUCUCUCACUCUGAAAGAUCAAGUUUAUAGCUUGGGGGUGCUCACGGAAAGCCAGUUUGUGGUGGCCAAGAGCAUCUUUGCUGGGGAAGAAUUUUUGUACAUUAGGCUUAGUCUUUUUGGGGUCAUAAACAACCGAUGAAAUGUCUUUAGCCAAUUUUCCUUUAAAACUGAUGCAUAUGUAUAUUUUAGUUUCUUUUUCCAAAUUUGUUCCCAUUCUGUAAGUUUGAUUGAACGCCCGAUAUUUCUGGCCCAUUUGAUCAUACAGUGUUUUAUUUCCUUUGUUUCCAUUGAAACUGGACCAAAUCAUUGAGAAGACAAUGGCAGGUGGCAUCAUAGGUAAUUGUGAGAAGGCAGUGAAGCUGAUAUUGGCCAAAGCACGAUGCAAGGGGCUAUAAUUUAUCCUAUUACUCCCAUAUUUCAAGAAGUUCUUAGUUGGUUUUAGCUCCAAAUAAGUCUCCCAUGGGAUCCAAAUAUAGUAAUUGUUUCAGACACAUCUGAGGAAUUACUUGCCACUGAUGAUUAAGUGAUUCUCAGUUCCAAAGGCAGUUUGUCAUUUUACAUGAGGAAGGCAGCGUUCUGAUAAUUUUAAACAUGUCCUGAGCAGACAGUGCCAAAUUUGUAGAGUUUUUAGGUAUAAAUUCUAAUACUCCAAAUUACCCUGAAGACCAUUCUUACUUCAUUAAUUUCCAAGUAGGUGUUCUUGAGAUUUCAUAAUUUGUUUUAUAUCAAAAAGUAUCACAUAAUUUUAGUGCACAUUUUUGUUCUAAAUUUAUAAUUUGAUUCUGUACAAUCAUUUCAAAUGGGUAUGAAUAUUCCUUAAAGAUGUUGCAUCUUCCAUUCUGGAGUUCUGCAUAUGACUUCACAAAGUAUAUGAGGUCACAGAAAGCAGUCCAUUCUCUCAGUUGCGCUUUCUUAUUGUAGUCUCCAGUGUGGGUUACAUGGAAAUAUACUCAAAAUGUUUCGAAACCAAGGCAGGAUGUUUGAAACUACAGUUGAAUUGCCUGAAGAACGGCGAUUAAUCGAUAAGCUUUCUUUGGAAGCCUUCAAUGCUACUUCUGAUGUUGAUGUGAAAUAUUAUGUCUUUGGAUACAGAAAUUGAGUUCCAUGGAGUCCAACCAAAAGUGGCCUUGCGUCGUAUGAUGGCCUCCGUGGGAUUUUGUUUUGGCAACACAAAACUGCAGAAGACUGCAUCUGAUGAGGUCCAUAAAGGGGGAGCCUGCGGAGAAGAGACAUUGGUCUGCAUAAAUUCAUCGAAACAUUAUUCUACCACCCACUGUUCAAGUCAAUUAUGAUCAGCACCGUCACACUAAAUGCAAUCUUUCUGGCUUUAGAAACAGAUUAUAAAGUUCGCAAGGAAUCCAAUUUCUUCCUGGAGGUAACAGAUCUGAUUAUUUUAGCUGUCUACACUACAGAAUUCCUGAUGAGUGUUUACCUGGACCCUGUUAAGUAUUGGCAGGAUGGUUAUAAACGAUUUGAUUUCAUUGUCCUUCUAAUUGCUUACCUCCCACAUACCAUUGAUAGAAACAACCCCGAAACGCACCAGACUGCAACCUUGCUGAAAGGCUUCCAGGCACUACGGGUUCUCAAACUUAUCUACUACAGCCCAGGAAUGAGGAUUCUGAUGGCAGCCCUGAGGCAGACUGUGAAAAAUGUGAUCUAUGUCCUUGUUUUGUUGUUCCUCUUAAUGUUAAUCUUUGCAAUAUUGGGUCAUGGUUUGUAUGGAGACCCCACAUAUGGAGACUAUAAGAACUGGGGAACCUUAGCAGCUGCCUUUUUCACACUCUUCAGUUUAGUAACGGUUGAUGGCUGGACAGACUUGCAAGAUGAAUUGGAUGACUUACAUUUUGUUUCAAGCCGAACAUUCACCAUUGUGUUCAUUCUCUUGGGAUUUUUUGUGUUUUUUAAUAUGUUUAUUGCAGUUGUCAUUAUGGAUAUUCAGAGUUCCACUGAGGAAUAUGACCAAAAGCUCAAAGCAGAAAGGCGGGCUAAUCUCAUUGCUAAGAAGCAAAUAAUUUUAAAAAGACAACAGGAAGAAGUGAAUGAGUUGCUCGCCCAGCAAAAAACAACUGAAUAUCAAACUUUUGAUGAAAUGGUGGAAGAGUUCAAAAAAACUUUGCUUCACACAGAUCCUGUGAUCUUAGAAGACUUUUGUUGCAGCCUACCAUUCAUUGAUCUCUAUCUGUUAUCCCUAGAUCGCCAGGAUGCCACAAUUUAUAAGCUGCAAGAACUCUAUUAUGAAAUUGUUGCUACUUUGACCACUCUGUUACGGGAAGCAGAAUUAAAGUCUCUGAAAUCUUUUCAGUUUGCCAAGAUAAAUUCUAAAUCUUCUUCCUCCAUUAAUCCAAAUAAAUAAAUAAAUAAAUAAAUAAAUAAAUAAAUAAAGGUUAUUUUCCCAAAGAAA